UCCAGCAGGUUCGGUUGCACUGGGAGGAGUGAGAGGCCUUGGCGUUGCGGCUGGGACCCGGGGGCUCGGUUUUACGGCCUCGCUGCACCCCUCCCCACCCACCUCUCCUUGGCCGGGCGCCGCCUCUCGGGGAUGCGUGGCCACUUCUGGAGCGACUGCUGACGGGGGAAGGGAAGCUCUGUGCACCCUCCUGACGAGCCCGGUUUCAAACUUCGCCUACUCUCAAACUUCGCCUACUCUGCAGAACAUCGUAGCUCUAGGUGCAACGCCUUGCUUGGUAGAAAAACAGGAAAUUCUGAAAAUUAGACUGCAGGUCUGACAGCAUCGCAGAGAGGGAGAUGGGCAUCGAUCAAAAAUCUUCUUGUUCUUUCAGAGUGCCUUUGCUGUUCUAUAGAUUUGCUAAGUAUGCCUGCAGAAAAAGAAUCUCGGGGUCGUAUGUGGUGAGAUGUGGGUGGCGCGGUCCCACUGCAGUCUGAGCACUGACCGUGACAGCCGUGACCGGCAGAGAGUGAGAUCGGGAGCGGGUGGGGUGUUGCCAAUCUGUGUCCGGUCUGCAGUGAUCCCACAGACGGGCUGCCAUCAACUUGGAGGAGGGUUCUGUGAUGACGCCCUAGAGUGCCGAGGAGACCCCUCGGUGGCCGGCUGGCUGGACCUCACCAUAUCAUGUGAUCUGCCGCAUGGAGGAUCCCACAGGCUUUCCUGCGGGUGAUGGAUUGACCUCUGAGCUGUCCAGAUGCAGAGCUGGCCAAUGAGCAGUGGGACUUCAUGAUCACAUGACUGUCGACAUGGAUACCGUCCUGUCAGACUUCGUCCGCUCGACGGGAGCGGAGCCCGGAUUGGCUCGGGAUCUGCUCGAAGGCAAGAACUGGGACCUGACGGCAGCUCUCAGUGACUUCGAGCAGCUCCGGCAGGUGAAUGCCGCCAGCCUGCCGUCCGCGUUCAACGAGGCCCGCGGGCUGAGAGCGCUGGACAAGGAGGCCCCGCGGCUAGUGAGGCCCGCGCUGCAGCGGUCCGAGGAGGCUGGUCAAGAGAAACGUCUGGCCCGGGGCAUCUCGCACGCCAGCUCGAGCAUCGUGUCGCUGGCUCGCUCCCACAUGUCCAGCAACGGCAGCAGUGAGCACUCGCUGGAGACGCCUGUCUGCACCUUCCAGCUGCCCGAUCUGACCGUGUACCGCGAGCAGUUCCGUAGCUUCAUCGAGCGUGACCUCAUCGAGCAGAGCAUGCUGGUGGCCCUCGAGCAGGCAGGUCGGCUGAACUGGUGGGCACAUGUGGACGCGGGCUGCCAACGCCUUCUCCCUCUGGCCACGACCGGCGACGGUAACUGCCUGCUUCACGCCGCCUCCCUGGGGAUGUGGGGGUUCCACGACCGGGACCUGAUGCUGCGCAAGGCCCUGUACACCACCAUGGGGAAAGGGGCAGAGAAAGAGGCACUGAAGAGGCGGUGGAGGUGGCAACAAACACAACAGAACAAAGAGUCAGGCCUGGUAUACACGGAAGAGGAGUGGCAGAAGGAAUGGAACGAGCUGAUCAAGCUGGCGUCCAGCCAACCCCGGGUUCACUACAGCGGCAAUGGCAACGGCUGUACGGGGAGGCUGACCACGGCGACCUUCCCUGCAUUGAACAGUGCAGACAGCAGUGAAGAGCCGGUCUACGAGAGUCUUGAGGAAUUCCACGUCUUUGUGUUGGCGCAUGUGUUGCGGAGACCCAUCGUCGUGGUGGCAGACACCAUGCUCAGAGACUCGGGUGGAGAAGCCUUUGCCCCGAUUCCGUUUGGUGGCAUUUACCUGCCUCUGGAGAUCCCGGCAAGCAAGUGUCACCACUUACCCCUUGUGCUGGCCUAUGACCAGGCCCACUUCUCUGCCCUGGUCUCCAUGGAGCAGCAAGAGCCCAACAAAGAGCAAGCCGUUAUUCCCCUGACUGAUUCUGAACACAACUUGCUUCCAGUUCACUUCGCCGUGGACCCAGGGAAGGAUUGGGAGUGGGGGCGAGAUGAUAACGAUGAAGUCCGGUUGGCCAGUGUGACGGUUUCCCUGGAGGCGAAGCUGCAUUUACUACACUCCUACAUGAACGUGACCUGGAUACAGGUGGCCUGCGAGCCACGGGCACCCCUGGCUCAACCAGAAUCGCCCAGUGCCUCGGGAGGCGAUGAUAGCCGAUCAGUAGCAGAGUCCGACCGGGAAUCCGACAAGGAAUCGGUGGGCAGUGGCUCAAACGGCGGCAGCAGCGGAGGAGGAGGAGGAGGGGGCCGGGACAAGUGUCGCCGGGACAAGGAAACGAGGAGGGCAGAGUCGGUGGCCAACAAGCUGGGCAGCUUCGGCAAGAGCCUAGGCAGCAAGUUACGCCGCAACAUGGGCUUCAUGCAUGGCAAGGGGGGCCGGGCUGGGGGCCAGGACAAGGCCCGGAAGAAAGGCUCGCUAAAGAGUCAGAAGGCGGCUGGGAAGGAAGGCUCGCCUCCAGGAUCCGGGACUGGGACGGACAGCGGCCCCUGCACCAGCGACGUCCAGCUGAGCCUCAGCAUCCUGCGGGCCGCCAUGCAAGGCGAGCGCAAGUUCAUUCUGACCGGCCUGCUGAGCGCCAGCCAUCGGCACCCCUUCCAGGAGGAGAUGAUCCAGCGGUACCUGAGCGACGCUGAAGGCCGCUUCCUGGCUGAGCAGGAGGCAGCUAGGGAGGAGGUCGAUACCCCGGAAGGAGCGGGCCUCUCCCCAGCCCCGGCCCUGGCCCCGGCCCCAGCCCCGGGCUCUCCAACCAGCCAGCUGACGCUGGCCUCCAGGCUCUCAGCCCGCCCCCCAGGCCUACUGAGCAUUCCCAGGCCCACCGUGAUCGGGCCCGGAGCCCAGGAGACCCGGAGACAGCUGGCGGGAGGGUCCAGACCCUGCCGGGAGCGGGGCAGGGCGCUGGAGGGUGGGACAGAGGGUGAGGAGGGGGAGGUGGUGGGGGACAGGCCGGGGGAAGCAGCCCCCUGCCCAGCCCAGCCUCCAGUGCACCAGACCAAGUGCCGGCAGGCCAACUGCACCUUCUACGGGCACCCAGAGACGGGCAAUUACUGCUCCUGCUGCUACCGUGAUGAGCUGCGCAGGAGGGAGCGGGACAGCCUGUCCCACCAACUCUGAGCGGUGGGGUUGGGGGUGGUGGGGGAGUCCCAACCUGGGCCCAAAAGAGACAAAGAGGCAAGGAGAUGUCCCGCCCUGCCCUGGCCCUGGCCCUGGCCCAGUGUGUCCCCAGCAGCGGUGAGAGCCUAAGCUGUGCUCAGCAGUGGAGCAGGGAAUGGCAGAAAAUCCCAAGCCGCAGCAAGGAGGAGUCUCCCUUCGCCCACCUUCCCACACCCCUCCUCCUCCACCCCGUCGGAUGAUUGGGGAGGGUUGGCAUUUGAGCAGCGAUGGGUGACGGGGUAUGGGAGGAGUUAUUUCACAGCUCCUGUCCCCCAGGGAUCACAGGUCAGAGAGGGAGCAAGCUCCCUGCGCUCUCUGAACUUCUCACCUCUGACCUCUCGGCAUCCCAGCUCCCCUCCUUUUCCCCUUCCCCUCCUUUUCCUUUUCCCCUUCCCCUCCUUUUCCCUUUUCCCCUUCCCCUCCUUUUCCCUUUUCCCCUUCCCCUCCUUUUCCCUUUUCCCCUUCCCCUCCUUUUCCCUUUUCCCCUUCCCCUCCUUUCCCUUUCCCCUUCCCCUCCUUUUCCUUUUCCCCUUCCCCUCCUUUUCCUUUUCCCUUUUCCCCUUUCCCUCCACCCUCCUUUCACCCCCUGUCCGCUGACCUCCAUCCUCUGCUGCUGCCGGCUGGGCCAGUUUCUCUCUCGCCUCCGCCCCUUCCCCAACCACCCAGAAACUCCACCCUCCCCUGCCAAAGGCCUUCGGACUUCCAGCGUUGCCUUGGUGUGAAGCGGCGGCCCCCGGUCCCGUCACGGUGCAGAACCUGUCCCCACAACCGCUGUAAGAAGUGCCUGGAGCUGGUGUCAGUGCGGAGGUUGACUCGCCGCCGCGGUUCCGAAGUCAGCUGGGCUCCGGAGAAAGCACUGCGCCGUCAGCGGGGCCAGUCCCGAGGGAGCGCUCCACGUGUAGUGGUGGCGGGUGGGGAGUCCCGAGGGAGCGCCGCACAUUCGGUAUUGGCACUACUGAGGGAGCUCCCAAUCAGUGAAAGGUAGAAGGAGCGCCGCACAUUUGUGUUGGCAGGUAUGAGGGAGCGCCGCAGCUGGUGGGGGCUAGACCUGAGGAAGCACCGCACUUUCGGUAUUGUCAAUUCUGACGGAGCACCGCACAAUCACUGGCUGUUAGCACCGAGGGAGCGCCGCACGGUCGGCGAAUGUUAACCAGCCCCAAACAAACCGCUGAAGUUUUAUUUAAACUUUGUUUGCAGAUUUAGUGACUUUUGUGUGUUGGGGGAGGGAGGAAGUUCCCGCCCGGGGGGGGGGGGCGGGGAUAGUGAUUGAGUGAUGGGACGGGCGGAGCCGCCGGGAUAAGAGGGUGUAAAUGUCCUCCGCCUCUGUCCCAGAUUCUCACUGCUUCCAGAACCGGGUGAAUGGCGAGGGUUUCUCUGUGACCAUGGGGAGGGAAUGCGGGGUAUUUGAGAGAGAGAGAAAGGUUCCCUAUCUAGUUGCCCUGACGAGAACUGUAUAUUGUCACUGUAUAAAGUUAAUAAAUUUUAAUUACUCAGAUGGGCAUCUCGGUCCUUGCUGGCCCUCCCGUGGAGGUGAGUGUUAAUCUCAGAGGGACUCCGGUCGGCGACACACUCUCGAGUUGUUUUGCUUUCCUCUGUAAAUUUUCAACGCUGUAUGUUAGAGUUAGAAUGUACAGAACAUAGACAUUUCUCUAUUCACAGUAUUUUUGGAAUAAACUUGAGGGGGGGACGGAC